AAUUGGAAGACGGAUAAGGUGUAUUGCCUUUGGUGUGACCUCAGGCUUACCGGCCUCCCUGCACAGACGUACAUACACAUGCAGCGUGUUUGUUUCUUUGAAGCUCACCCUCCUCUUGUUGCAAACAGAUGACACUGGAGUGUCUGGGCGUGCAGUCAAAUCGCCGCACAUUGCCCUGUUAUGGAAAAGAUGAAGAGGAUUAAGAAGCGUCUGUCAUUAACACUCCGCCCCAGUCAGACCAUCGACGAGUCUCUGUCAGAACUGGCUGAGCAAAUGACCAUUGAAGAUGGUGGCACCAAGGACAACGAGCCCUUCAUGAGGAAUGGCCGCCCACCCACCUCCCACAGCAUGCACUCCUUUCUGCACCAGUACACCGGUUCCUUCAAGAAGCCGCCCCUGCGCCGGCCACACAGCGUCAUCGGGGGCACUCUGGGAUCUUUCAUGGUGAUGCCGCGCCAUGGCAGCCGCCUGG